GCUCGUUCUGACUGACUCACCCACUCUGCCUUGCUCUCGGUCCAACACAAUUCAUCUCAGGGCCUCAACACGUCUGUAUGGUUAUUCUAGAUUUUCAUAGCAAUUCCUUUCUCUGGAAGGCUUAUUUAGGAGUUCGAAUGCAAUGGAUUAAUCUGCUCCUUGAAUGAAUUCAGACAGGGAAGAAGAGCUCUUGAAGCAUGAAGAGGAAUUAAGCAGCAUUUCCAGGUGGCUUUCAUCAGCUUCCAAAUCUCCCAUGAUUCACUGAGCCCCGACCAGUCUCCACAACCAGACAUGGACGACUCGCCAACGGAAGUGCGCACAGACGGGAACUCUCUGCUGAAGGCCGUGUACCUGAGCCGUCUGAGGCUUACACGACUCCUGCUCGAGGGCGGGGCCUACAUCAACGAGAGCAAUGAGCGAGGCGAGACUCCACUCAUGGUGGCCUGCAGGACCCAUCACUCUGAUGCACAAAGUGUGCCCAAGGCCAAGAUGGUGAAAUACCUGCUUGAGAGUAAUGCAGACCCAAACAUUCAGGACAAGAGUGGAAAGACAGCUCUGAUGCACGCUUGCAUGGAGCGGGCAGGCAUGGAGGUGUUGUCCUUGCUGCUGUCCAGCGGAGCCGACCCCAGCCUGGAGGACCACUCUGGCUCGUCCGCCCUGGUCUACGCUGUGAACUCUGGGGACAAGGACGCCCUGAGGGUGCUGCUGGACGCCUGCAAAGCCAAGGGCAAGGAAGUCAUCAUCAUCACCACAGACAAGCUGCCGUCUGGCCGACAAAUGACCAAACAGUACCUGAACGUCCCGCCACCACCGGACCUAGAAGACCGCUUGCACUGCACCCCUGCCUCAUGCAUGUCACCGUCUGAAAUUCAGCUCUGCACUCCACCUCACCCCUUGUGCACUGCCCUGCCUGAGUGUCAGCGACUUGGACAGAGGGACUCUCAGGGCCUGAUCUCCGCUGCUAGCGUGGGCAUGUCGCAGCCCGGCUCACCGACGCACACCCACACCGCAAGCACCAUCCAAGCCCCGGGAGUGGCCAAACUCCUGCACCUCCAGAGGCUUCACUCAGAGCCGUGGCUGAAGAUCCCUCCGUCUCUGCUGCUCCAGCAGAGCAAAGGUGCUUCCCUGACCGAGGAGCUCCAGGACAUCACGCCCGAGGAGGAGCUGACCUUUCAAAUGAACGGCCUCCAUUACUCCAGGAGAACUCUGGCCGCCUCCCGCCAUCAGAGCAUCGACGUGAAGGACGGCAGCGGUCUGCUGCGGGCCCUGGAGCACGGCAACAGGAGCGAUAAGGACCAGGGUGGUGGAGCCAGGGCCCUGCUGAGUAGGAAGAUGUCCUACGACAGCGCGUCGUCUCUCCAACAUUUCUCAUCGCACCACAACCUCGGUCGGGAAGGGGGCGCAGCGGAAGCCGUUCCCGUGGACAGAGACGUCCCGGACUGCCUCCCCAACCUCGCCGUGUCCAGCUUGAGAAAUGUUGUUCGCCGGCGGAACAUCGGGAUGGAGCACUACAGCUCCGACUCCCAGCUGCCCCAGUUCAGCAGCCAGACCUCUGAGGAGCGGGCGGGGUCAGCAGUGUCGGCGUCCGAGAAGCGCAAGCUUGUCCCUAGCCGCUCGUCCACCCUGUCGGGGUCCAGGGAGUCGUUGGAGGGCCUUCCCCAGAGGAGAGCUGCGGCCGGCGGGAUGCUGGAGCGCAGGGGCUCCGGGGCACUUCUGCUGGACCACAUCGCCCAAACGCGGCCCGGGUACCUGCCCCCGCUCAACCCACACGCACCCAUCCCCGACAUCAAGGUCAACUCUGCCACGGCCGCUCUCUCUGGCGGACCCUUGAGCGGAUGCAAACUUGCGGCCACUGGGGUUCCGAUCGCCCCCCCUGGAGCUGCACCGGCACCCAAACCAUUCCUGCCCUUUGCCCCGAAUCUACCCCGAGAUGCGAAGGCCAAGAAGACCCUGCUGAGACGCCACUCCAUGCAGACAGAGCAGAUCAAGCAGCUGGUAAACUUUGAAGAGAUCUUUGGCCAGUGAGAUAAACUAUAUAUAAACUAUGGAAAAUAACCACUAUGUCCUCUUGCACAGAUGUGAUCGUUACUGUUCUGAUUUGAACCGAAGGAGGAUGUUAAAAAAGAGAUAAAAGUGUAUAGAAAUACUGAAUUAAGAAUUGAAGAGUUUGGAUCCAAAACGCUAUAUCUCAGUUUUUUAAAAACAUUAAAAAGUCAUGCUAUUUAAUUGUGUAUUUCAGGUAAUAUCAAUCAAAUUGCAGUUUAUGUUGUUUUGAUUGAGUAAAGAUACAUCAAAUAACAAUACCCAAUUACAUUUCUACUGAAAUUGCUUGGAUAACAAAAUGUAAAAAUAUAUUUCUGAAAAUUCAUUAAAAUAGUGGCUAUAGUGUUUUGGAACCAAACUCUUCAAUUUGAGUUCAAGUUGGACUCAUCAUGGAUCAUCAUGCUUCAAAGAUCUUGAAUGACUCAUUACUAUCUGGUAAAAACACCUAUCACUACAUUUUUAAUUCAUCCACUUUGCGUCAGAAAAUGUAAUUCAAUCACAGUAUUGAUGCCAGCCUCUUUAUGUCCAGAGUCCAGACUAGGUUUUGUUGCAAAAACUGAGCUUGUAAUAAAGAAUGGUACCUCCAAAAAAAAAAAAAAAAAAUUGACGAAAUGCCAAACAUUUGGAAAAAAGUAUGAUGCCCUUGUUCAAGUAACACAUAUGCUUUGGAUGCAAUUUCUGUGCAGCAAAUAGUAAUGCUUAGUGUUGUAUUAUUUAGCUGGUGGUAUGUAUGGUUAUGUAAAGUACUGUGGCUAUGAGGUUUCAGAACAUCAACUAUUUUAAUCCUGUCUUUGUAGCUACAUUGUUCUGUAUAUUCCAAUUACUAAAUAUUUCUAUUCUAUUUUUUCCCAUGCAAAAUCAAGGAUAAACCAUUCUGGAAU